AUGUCAGCACCAAAGAUGAUGGUGAUGAUGAGACGGGCCAAAGCUAUGAAGGCCGAAGCGGCAACCGAUGCCCCGACGUCGGCGGCGGCAGUCGCGGCCCCCGUGAAGACAGAGUGCGGCGGUGGAGAGCAGCUGAGCAUGGUGCAGCGCCUCUUUGGGCGCUCGCGGGCGGGCCCAGCAGCGCCGCCGCCAAGGGCGGCGCGGCCAGCGCAGAAGCAGGUCGUGAAAGCCACAGCUGCCAAGUCGGCUCCUCCAUUGCCAUCGGCAGGCGCAGCUGCUGAAGUUGGUGCAGCCCCUGCUACGGCGGCUGAUCCAACACCUCCCGCACCUGCAGUGGCGUCGCCCGUCGCCGCGCUGAAGUUCAAGGAGGAGGCCAGCAACCCCCCUGGUAGGAUGGCAGACGGUUCGUCCUGGCUCGUGAAGGAUAAGCCAACCUACGACAAGUUCUACUACCGCCUCGGCAACAAUCAGAUCAUCGCUGACCUCUGGAAAGAUACGCAACUCAAGGGCGAGGACGAGCAGCGCGCGUUCGUCAACUCCGUGAUCCUGUCCAAGGCGGGCACGGUGCCCGCAGCCUUGCUCCAACGAGUCAGGGCGAUCUCGAACGAGAAGGAGGGCAAUACCACGGGUGAGUGGAUGACGUUCAAGGCUGCAGCCGACAGAGAUGGGGGGCAACUCAUUCGUGAGCGUAUUGCUCAUGGGACGGUGAUCACGAGGCCGAACCCCGAGCCCCCUCCCAGCACGCAGAUUGAGCACCCCUGGAACUUGGAGGUGGCGUGCGUCAAGGAGGGGUGGUCCAAGAAGGUGAAGGAGCAGGACGAGGAGAGUGGGGCGACCAAGGAGUUCUGCGAGAAGUUCUCGACAACGUGGAAUGGCGUCGGCACCCAGUCGAGCUCGCCCACGCUGCCCGCGAACCCGCGCGUCGACGCCCAGCACCCGCAGAAGGACCCGCCCAGCGAGGGGGACAAGGUCGCCGUGGCGAAUGCUCGCAAAGUCCACUCGUCAUUCGACAAGACGGCGAGGGAGUGGCAGGGGCUGCUGGCGCGGUCCGAGGCGAACCCCUACACCAAGGGGGCGAAGUUCCAGACCGACUUGCAGGAUAAGUUGGGCGUGUGCAAGCAGCUCGAUAGCAAAGUGAUGGCCCUCGAGAUGCAGCUCCUCAGCCGGAUCCCGCUCACCGACAGCGAGAUCAAGCAGGCGGGCUUCGACGCGAACGGCCUCGUCGAGGAGAUGAAGGAGGGCAAGAAGAUCGCAGCUAAGAUCAAGGCGUGGCUGGAGGACUGA